AUGGCCAAACUAAAUAGGGAUGUUCUUUAUUUAAUAUCAAAAGAAUUGCAAGAUAAUAAAAAAACUCUUAAUUCAUGCCUUUUAGUUAAUAAAACUUGGAGUGAAAUUUUUAUUCCAACAUUAUGGAAAAAUCCUUGGAAAGAUUUAGUGAGGGAAAAUGAAAUAUUACUAUUCGAUAUAAUUAUUUCACAUUUAUCAAAUGAUUUAAGAGAUAAUUUAAUUCAAUACUUUAAUUUUUUGAAAAGUUCAUAUCAAAAACCCUUAUUUGAUUAUAUUAGUUUUUGUAAACAUUUAAAUUUGAUUGUUAUUGAAAGAAUAAUUAAUACUAUUAUAGAUAAAAAAUAUGGAAUUCCAAUUGUUGAAAGUGUAAUUUUAAAUCUUUUUAUUAAAGAAAAUAGAAAAUUUACACACCUUUAUAUACCUCAUCGAUUUGAUCAUCAAAUACAUCUUAUUCCUGAUGCAAAAUGCUGCUUUUUAGAACUUCAAUUCCUUUGUUGUCAUACUACAAUAGAUGAUAAUAUUUUAAAUGGAUUAACAGAAAUAUGUAAAUCAAUCAAAGAAUUGGAACUUUUUAUUGGAUGGACUAAUAAUAAGUAUGGAAUUAUUAAAUUAAUCGAAAAUCAAAAAGAAUUAUCUGAUAUUCGUUUAAAUUAUUAUUAUUCAAGUAAUAAUGAAUCAUUUUUUAAGAUUCUUAUAACUUCAUUAAUAAAAUUUUCAAAUAAUAUACAAUAUUUUACUUCAAAAAGUUUAUCCUUACCUUUCUUUCAAGUUUUUGGAGCUGUAGAAAUUUCAGCCAAAUCUUUAACAAGUUUAAUUGAAAAUACAAGUGGAAAUCUUAUUGAAAUAAAAAUUGGUGAUACAGCUUAUAACGGAUUUUUUAAUAAAAGAAUUAUUCAGGCUAUAUACUUAAAUUGUCCAAAUUUAAGAUAUCUUAAAUUAUUUGUUGAAAAUAAUAAUAUAUUAGAAUUUGAAAAAUUAUUAAUUAAUUGUAAAUAUUUAAAUGGAUUAUUUAUUCUUUUUGAUAAUCAAAAAAUAUUUGAUAAUCAAGAUAAUAGUCAUAAUGAUUUAUUUAAUAUUUUAAUUAAAUCAUCACCAAUUAAUUUAUUUAAAUUUAAAUUAUGGUUUACUUCUAAUAUUAAAUCAGAUUCUUUAAAAUUAUUUUUUGAUAAUUGGAAAGGAAAACAUCCUAUGUUAUUACAAUUAUCAUUAAGAGAUUAUAAUGAUAAUUAUAAUUUAGCAGGAAUUUAUAAGGCAAAAGGAAUAAUUAAAAGAUAUGAUAAUGAAGCUUAUUAUGAAGAUUUUGAAUGGAUUAAAAAAAAAGUUUAA